CCUUUUUGCGCGCUCCCGUCGCGGUCAAGUGUCUGUGCACUCGAUUAAGGGUCGACACUCAGUGAAGAUGGCGAUGAGAGUAGCGCUCCGGUGCUUCUCUGCAAACUUUUCCCCCAGACUGCCUCAUCUGUCGCGGGCGGCGCAGGGCUCGGCGACUCGGCUGCUGUGGAGGAGCGACGCCUCUCGGACACUGAGCACCGCCUCGCCGCUGUCCGCAGCCCUAAAGUUCACAGAUAAGCACGAGUGGGUACGAGUAGAGGGAGGAAUUGGCACAGUUGGUAUCAGCAGUUUUGCUCAGGAGGCACUAGGUGAUGUGGUAUACUGUGGACUCCCAGAAGUCGGCCAAAAACUUGAACAAAUGGAGGAAUUUGGUGCUUUGGAAAGUGUAAAGGCUGCCAGUGAGCUAUACUCUCCUCUGACGGGGGAAGUGACUGAAAUCAACACAGAGCUGGCAGACAAUCCUGGACUUGUGAAUAAAUCCUGCUAUGAGGAGGGGUGGUUGAUCAAGAUGACAAUUGAAAACCCCGGAGAACUUGACGGCCUCAUGGAUGAAGCUGCAUACGAGAAAUUUGUUAAAUCUCUUGAGUAAACCAUCCUGCCACGUCUUUUUGUAAUGUAACUGCAGUCAAAUUAGCGGGCAUGCUCACUAACAUCUGGUCUGACACUGUCCUGUGAUAUUUAUUUUGAUACUGGAAUUGUGCCAUCAAAGUAACCAAAAUCGUAACGCCUCAUUAACAACUCUCACCUAGAUGGUUAGUAUUUACAUGAGCCAACCUAAAGGGCUGUUAAUCUCAAGACCUGACCACGUCAUGGGGUCUUGGCUCGGGUGCUUUGCUGCAUUUUUAAAAGUACAGAGAAGUGGCAGAAGCUCGGAAAGUGAUUGUAAAUGUGUCACGUUUAAUAAAUUACAUCCUUUGGUUUGA